AUGGGUAAAGCAGGAAAAUGGAUCCGGAACUUUUUGUUAGGCAAAAGGGAGGAGAAAGACAAGCACAAGAAAAGAGUGAAUUCAGUUGCCAUAGAGGUAAGCAAUUUAGGAAGUCCAAGAGCAAUCUUAUCAGUUACAAAAGAGAGGAGGAGAUGGAGCUUCAAGAAAUCCACCACCACAGAAAAAGACACUCGUCGCAAUCUGUCAUUUGACUCAAUCUCUACUCCCCACCUGGGAAAACAGGCCCUAGAGGAGCAUGAAAUUGAGCAAAUUCGUUUUAAGGCAAUGCUAGUAGCAACUAGCAAGCAAGUCAAUGGAACAAUGCCGGUUGUUACAACUGCUGUUUCACAAGCUAUAGGGCCCCUCAAAGAUGCUGCUGCCAUCAAAAUUCAGGCUGCAUUUCGUUCUUAUUUGGCAAGAAAAGCAUUGCGUGCUUUACGGGGACUGGUGAAGUUACAAGCAUUGGUAAGGGGUCACCUGGCCAGAAAACAAACAACUGCAGUUCUGAGGAGCAUGCACGCUUUGAUGACUAUCCAAGUUAGAGCUCGGUAUAGGAGAGUUCGGAUGGUUGAGGCUGGAGCAGAGAUUGCAACAAAAAGAUCAGGUCAUGGAGAAUCAGCUCGAAAUAGUACAGAUAGAAAGGAUGUUAAUGCUCAUGAGAUGAGGCCCUUAGAUUAUUCACAAGCUGAAAGAAAGGAACUUGGAGUCAUCACCACAUAUCACUCUGGUCGGUUUCCAAUAAACAAACAAGAAGAUCAGCCUGACCAGACAUGUUGUAGUCCAUCAGCAACAGUGACUGAAACGAGCUCCACCAAUCUGUCCACAACAAAACAAAUAAAAGUGCAAGCAUCCACUGCUCCACUUUCUCAUGAAAAUCGAGGUUACAUGUCCAACACAGCAUCUUCAAAGGCAAAAGCAAGGUCACACAGUGAACCAAAGCAAAGGCCAAAAAAAUGGCGCCCCGUACAAAAAAACAAGCAAUCAACAUCAGUGCGAGGUGUAAACGUCGCCCUUGAAGUUCAGGAGCAAUAUAUGCCUUCACCUUCAGAAUUCGAUGAGCAAGAAAAUCAGCAUCCAUGGUUCAUCAAGCUUUAUCGAUCUGCAAAGCAAGUAAACGGUAGUCAUGCAGAUCAUUCGAGUGUAGCAACUUGCAAUUCCAACUUUGAGAAGACUUUAAAUCCAUUUGAGGUAGCAAUUGACAGAAAAGUGGGUGGAGAGGCAGGCGGCAUGGAAGAAGCAAACAGAGAUGAAGCCAAAGUUUAUCCGUAA